GUAGCGCGCACACGUGCUCUAAGAACAGUGAUCUGCGGCUGCGCAAAACAUGGAGCGACCCGGAAAAUCCCGCUUCAUGUUAGCGCCCGGUGAAUAAACUGCAUUGGAUGUGAACAGAAGACUGCAUGAGUGAAGGUUUUUGGAGAGACAAGGCAUCACCACUUUUGAAAAAAUGGAGGAGGACAUCCACACUCCUGAAGGCAACGCUAAUGUUGUUGGUGGAAAGAAAAGUCACACGUGUGAGCAGUGUGGAAUGUCCUUUAAGAAACACAGUCUCUUUUUAAUCCAUGAGCAGAACCAUAAGGGCCCAUUCAACUGUGAGACCUGCGGCAAGAAGUUCAUCUUCUACAAAAAGCUUGAAACUCAUCGUCUCACUCACAACUUAACUUUCCCCUGUGAUGAGUGUGGAUUGACCUUUGACACCCGGACCUUGCUUGGAGUUCACAAAAAAAAACACAUGGAAAAGACUUACACUUGUACAGACUGUGGAAAGGCGUUUUUGUAUGAAUCUGCUCUGAAAAAUCACAAACUAAAACAUUCAACUGAGCGACUGUAUGCGUGUACCCAAUGUGACAAAAUGUAUAAAUCUGAACUCACUUUAAAAGUGCAUCAAGACAUUCACAAUGGAAAAAGGUAUAGUUGUGAUCAAUGUGAGAAAUCCUUUAGCUCAAAUGGUCAACUUACUUUUCAUAAACGAUUCCACACAGGAGACCGCCUUUACUCCUGCGAUCACUGUGAUAAAAAGUUUGCAGUACUACAGUCAUACAAACGCCACUUGCUAACACAUACCGGCGAAAGACCGUUUGCAUGUGAAGAUUGUGGCAAAACAUUUUUUAGAAAAGGAAUGCUAACUAUUCAUCAAAAACUGCACACUGGUGUUCUGUUUGGAUGUGAUCAAUGCGCGAUGAAAUUUACCACUAAACGUAAACUAAAAUCACAUAAGCUUGUGCACAGUAAAAAAAAACAUUACCAAUGUGAUGAGUGCGAUAUUUCAUACAAAUUGCUUUCAAGUUUAAAGAGCCAUAAACUCACCCAUGAGGGGAUCAAACCUUACACUUGUGAUCAGUGUGGGGCGAGCUUCACGGUACGAAAAGCAUUGGCAAGGCAUAAAAGACUUCACUUUGCCGAAAGAAAAUUUGGAUGUGAGCUGUGCGGUAAAAUGUUCCUGGUCAAAGCACAACUGAAAAGUCACAUGGCGUUCCACUCGGACGAAAGACCACACGUCUGUAAAGAGUGUGGGAAGUGUUACAAAGACCCCAACUCCUUACGGAACCAUCGGAAGACCCAUGAUGAGACAAAACGCCCUAAAUGCGAUAAAUGUGGAAAGGUGUAUAUGAGUAGAGGUGCAUUAAACCGUCACAUACGCAGUCACAGUGGCAUUUCCUAUAGUUGUACUGAGUGUGGGAAAGUUUACAAAGAUCAAUAUUCUUUUCAGCUGCACCUAAACAUGCACUCAGGAAACCAACUUUACCAUUGUGAAAAGUGUGGUAAACGGUUCACAAGAAGGAAAUUCUUACUCCGACAUGAAUUGACUCACUCAGAUGUUAAAGCACAUAGCUGUAGCUUCUGUGGCAAGGGAUUUAAGAGGACAGACGCUCUUAAGAGUCAUAUAAUGUGUAUUCACGAGAAGAAAACGUACAAGUGUGAAGAGUGUGGGAAAUCCUAUAAAGAUAAAAAUAGUUUGAAAACACAUUUAAAUACGCACUCAAAAGAAACUACCUUCCCAUGUGAUGAGUGUGGUAAAACAUUUUUCCGAAAGUCUUCCCUUCGGAUUCAUAAAAUUAUCCAUGAGAAAGAUAAGCCGUUUGACUGUGAACUUUGCGGGAUGAGUUUCGGAAGUAAAAAUAAAUUGAAAAAACAUUACAUAUCCCACACGGACGAACGGAAACACGCUUGUGAUGAGUGUGGACGAAUGUUUAAACAAAUCUCUACGUUAAAGAAACAUAAACUUACUCAUGUCCCAAAAUUGUAUAAAUGUAAACAGUGUAGAUGCGCAUUCGCCAAGCCAGAGGAGAUGGAAAAACACAUCGAAACACACAAAAACAAAAAACCUCCAAAAAUGGUGGUAUGCGAGAAAUGCGGAAAGAGUGUAACACAUCAGAGAUUCAGAGUCCAUUACAAUUCUCAUACUAAGGAGCUUCUAUUUCCAUGUGAAUGGUGUGAUAAAAUCUGCUUUAGUUUUAAGGCAUUAAAAACUCACCUGGUAACCCAUAGCAACAAAGAGGAAAAAAAGGAUAAAAAACUGGACCAAAACCUCAAGAAACACAAAUCUGAUGAUGCUAAUACUAUGUUCUUAUCAGACAAGAGCCCACUAAAGCGACUGGAAAUCCGGCUUCACAGGGUACAGAUGGUGGUAGCAUUGGGGAAGAGGGUUACAAUUUUGGAAUAAUUGAGAUUUUUAAGUGUUGUGAAAAUGCAUUUCAUUUUUGUUCUUUCUUUAAAAUUUGAAUUCUGUUCAGUUGACAAUUUUUUCAGGUUUUCUAAAUAAAACAGGUAUUUUGUUUUGCUUAAA